AUGAAGCAGUUUAAAGAGCUUAGCUUUGCCGUGCUUUCGCUUUUGGCCGCUGUUUCUUACGCUGAAGAUGUUGCCUCCGACGUCAAGGUAUUGCAGAAAGAUACAUUUGACAGCUUUGUCAGCGACCACCCACUUGUUCUCGCUGAAUUUUAUGCUCCGUGGUGCGGACACUGCAAGGCCCUUGCUCCAGAGUAUGAGGAUGCGGCUACGAAGCUAAAGGAGAAAGACAUUCACCUUGCCAAAAUUGACUGCACCGAGGAAACCGAGCUUUGCGAGAGAUACGGUGUACAGGGAUAUCCCACAAUCAAGGUUUUCCGCGGGCUUGAGAACAACUCUCCAUACAGCGGCCAGAGGAAGUCUGAUUCAAUUGUCUCUUACAUGGUCAAACAAUCCCUUCCUGCGGUUUCACUCUUGGAUAAAGAUUCAAUUGCCGAGUUCAAGACAGCCGAUAAGGUUGUGCUUGUUGGUUAUUUCAACGCCGAUGAUAAGGAGUCCAACACUACCUUUACCGCUGUGGCCGAGUCACUCCGUGACUCUUUCCUCUUUGGUGCCACAUCUGAUGCUGCCCUUGCGGAAGCCGAUGGCGUUACUGCCCCUGCCAUCGUUCUCUACAAGUCAUUUGAUGAAGGAAAGGACGUCUUUGACGGAAAGUUUGAUGCUACUGAGAUCACCACUUUCGUCAAUACUGCCUCUACUCCCUUGAUUGGUGAAGUUGGCCCUGAAACCUACUCAGGAUAUAUGGCUGCUGGACUCCCUCUUGCGUAUAUUUUCGUUGAUAGCGAAGAGAGCAAGGAAAAGCUUCUUGCUGCAAUUAGGCCUACUGCUACCGAAUAUAAGGGAAAGAUCAACUUCGCCACAAUUGAUGCUGUGGCAUUCGGUGCGCACGCCGCCAAUCUCAACCUCGAGAGCAAAUGGCCUGCCUUCGCCAUCCAAGACACCGGCAAGAACCUCAAGUUUUCUUUCGACCAAGAGACAGAAAUUACUGAGAAAUCUAUUGCAAAAUUCGUUAAGGACUACGUUGAGGGGAAGAUUGCUCCCAGUAUCAAAUCAGAACCUGUACCUGAAACUCAGGAGGGACCUGUCCACGUUAUUGUCGCCAACAACUUUGAAGACCUUGUAAUGAACAACGAUAAGGACGUUCUCGUCGAAUUUUACGCCCCGUGGUGUGGUCACUGCAAGAACUUGGCACCCAAGUACGAAGAGUUGGCUAAACUUUACUUCGAUAAUCCGGAGUAUGCUAGUAAAGUGAUUGUGGCGAAGGUCGACGCUACCGCCAAUGAUGUCCCAGUUGAUAUCCAGGGCUUCCCAACCAUCAAACUCUACUCAUCAGGUGCCAAGGAUUCACCCGUUGACUAUGCUGGCUCUAGAACCGUUGAAGAUCUUGCGAACUUCAUUAAAGCCAAUGGCGCUCAUAAGGUUGAUGCUUACGUUGCACCACCACCAGAACCGGAAGUGGUCGAGGAGGAGUCUACGGAGCAAGAUGCUGCCGAGAGUCUCGGCGAGGCGGCCGCAGCGGCUACCGACAAGGUCAAGGAAGCUGUUAAAGAUGCUAGCCAAGCUGUUAUUCCCGAUACUGAUGAGGAUCUUGAUCACGAUGAAUUGUAA